GUAGCAAAAUAAACAAACACUCCACCCUAAGGCAGCUUGCCCAUCCCAGAACAUCGUCGCAACUCUCCACAUUCCCAACUUAAUCUCUUGUCCAAAAUACCAGCAUCCAUAAUGGACACUACAGAACCUCCCAAGAACAUGGAGGAGGAGCUGGACUCCGAAAUAGCCACCGUCCGCGCCGAAAUCCGCAAUCUACAACGCAAGCGUCGCUUUCUAGCCUCCAGUCUACUCUCCUCGGAUAACUUCCAGAAAUAUCUCCAGAAACAUCAGUCUUCAAGACCUUCUUCAUCUCUAGACGCAGAAGUGUCUCCGUUGGUCCGCGCCGCAGGACAACACGCCGAAGUGAACCACCACCGAGUCGCAUUCUCAGCCACGACCUUCCCGUUCAAAGAUCCGUCCCCGAACAGUGAGAAUCCGAAUUUACUGGGUGUGCGAAUCGACGUCUGCACGAGCAAUGGUCGUUUUACGAAACCGUACUAUGUUUUGUUGAAGCGGGUGCGCGGGGAGGACAAGAGGCUGCGGGUGCAUCGACAUACGAUUCCGGCCUUCAUCUCGGUGGACAAGCUUGAACGCGCUUUUUUGCCUGUGCCUGCCGCGCGCGAGGAGGAAGCAGGGGAGAACUUGAAGCCGUGGAAGAGGAGCGCGAAUCGGCAGAAUUUGUCGAGGUUUGUUCGCGAGUUGAGACGGCAGUUGGCUGCGUGGCAUUUGAGGAUGGAUGCCGUGAAUUUCCUCCGGGGCAAACUCGGUGUGCAGCGGCGUGGCGUUGAAGCUUAUAGCGAUGAUGAUGACGGCGUUUGGGUGCGAGAUAUUUUAUCGGACAACCUGGAGGAAAUCCGGCUGGAUACGAAUGACCUCGGCAUUGUGUCUCUUUCCCCCACCGCGCUCGAUGCAACGUAUGUUCGACUGGAAUGGGAGGAUGGACGGGUGGGACGAUUCAAAAUGUCCGAUAACGGGGUCGUGGAGCGUGCGGUGGUCAUUGGCGAUGAUGGACGAGACAAGUUGCUCGAAGCUGUCUUGACUGGCGGGAAUGGUCGCGUGGAGACGGUACUGGACCGAUUGAAGCAGCAUUUGGUUUCCAAAGAAUAAGCUUGGGCUGGUCCCAUUUUGAGUCUAAGAG